UAAGGCGAGAGAUAGACACGUUCGGUACACAGUAGCUACAGUGUUAACCACUGAGUACCACUCCAAAUGGCACUCCGCUGACAGUGACCCCCGUAUUCGUGUUAAAGGUUCAAACGGUUUUUAUUAACUCAAACAGCUACUUUUAUUCAAACUUCUACAGUAUAGAACCUUGUAAAUUUGGACCUGGGUCUUUGGUUUACAUAUAUGGCCUGAGGUUUUCAUUAUUCUCAUUGCUAAUCUCAGCAGGAUAGUGCCGUCCUUCAGGUCCAUAAUCCCGUUAGGCGAGUCUCAUCCUAAUCCAGCCAGAACAUCGCUGUCCGUCCUGGGCUCUUGUGUCCCUGGCAGGUAUGCUGCUGCACCACUGAACAUACAGGAUGUUUAACUGGGUGGUGAAAGUGGUUCCUCAGCCCCCUGACGCCCCUGGCUCUCUGGGACAGGAGACAGUCAAUCCUACACCUGCAUCACCACAAAAAGUGUCUAAAGGUGAAGUCAAGAAAGAAGUCAAUGUAAAACCAGCCAAACUGAAGGAAGAGGAUAUUUCAGAGGACAAUGGUAUUCAGAGUCAGAGUGGAGUGAUGACCUGGCUCUCCAAUGGCUUCACCAGUGCUCUGCCUCAACCAACAGGCAGCCCUAACCUCAGCAGAUCCAACUCUGUAUCCAGGUCACUGCAGGAGGUACAAAGAGAGGAUGAAAGGAAUGGGGUGAUUAAGUGGAUUGCAGAGGGACUGAGCAAGGUGGUGCCUCAGCCGGAUGACAAGUACAGAGAGGAUAUUCGAGAGGAGGAGGAGGAGACAGAGACGCAUGAAGAGUAUAUCGCAGAGCCAUGUGUUUAUAACAUGAAAGAUGUGCCAGACGCAGAGCCCCUCCCACACAUACCUGUGGUGGAGAUCUUUUCAGACGAUGAGGAAGAGGAUCGGGUACCACAGUUCCCCCUCAAAGUGGUUAACUGGAUUAAGAAUGUUAUUCCUCAGCCUGUGAUGCUCCCUGCAGGUUACGUAGAGGCCCAGAGUAAGGCUCAGAGCAAGAGGUCAUCUCUUGACAAAGUUUUGUCGCCACCUCCUGAGUCUCUCAAAGGUGACGAGGACUCACAAAACUCCAAUGUCGUGGGCUGGUUUGUGACGGGCCUCGGCCUCAAGAUGCCACAGCCUGUCGCGAGAUCAAGAGAUGACGUUGAAGUUGUGCAGAAUAUCUCUAAACAACCCAAAGCAGUGGAUCUGGUUCUGGAGGAAGUAGUAGAAGCAGACUUGAAGGAUCUGAAUCAGGAAGUGCCAUCCAAGGCUAUACAGUCAGAACCACCACAGCCUUCUAAGCCCGCACAGAUGACACAGCCAACACAGACGACGCAGUCACAGCCGUCACAACCAAAACAACCAGUGAAACCAGAAGAGCCUGAACAGACUCUUCCAAAUGUGCCAGAGUCUACAACACCAUCGCUGGAGGAUGCUGAGACUCAGACGGGCAGGUGGACUCCCUUCAUAGAGAGCAUCAAGAGAGAGGCUGAGGGCGUAGCUAUGGCUACCAUGGAGGAACGGAUGACCCAGGAGCGCGUGGAUUUGGUUCGAAUGGCAGAGGAGGUGGCCAGACACACAGCUGAGACAGCCAUCAGGCAGAUGCAAGAGGCACAAUCAAUCAAGCUUUCCAUUCACAGCCAGGAAGCCAUUCUGGAAGAAGACGAGGACCCAGAGUUACACAUGCUACGGGAGGAGGAGAGUGAGGUGGAGCACACUAAGAAUAAGAUGACAGAGUGCCAGGUGUGUCCUGCUAAGGAGCAACCAGUGGAUGCAGCAAAGAGUGCCGCUCAGUCAGAGCGCGACUUUGCAUCACCCGACGUUGAACCAGAGCCCCAGGAAGAGCUAGAGUCCCAGAGGGCCUCUCCAUCCCCUCCUCCCAGCCCAGAACCAGAUCCAGUCAAGAGAGCAGAGCCUGAACCUAAACCAAAGGCCCAGGAUGCCAAAGUAGCACCUGAACCGGUGACCCAACAGCCACAGAAAGCAGAGGGGGCAGAGGACGGAACCGCACCUGACACCACUACCAAGGAGGAGGGGGAGACUGCAGAGGAGGGUGGCUGUGGUGCGAGCUCCAGGCUCAGUGUGCACCCUGCUGUCAACGUGGAGGAUGUGGAUUCAGGCGGAGGGGGGCACCGUCGACACAUUCGCCAAAUCCUCACCCCCCAGGACCCUAACCUCAAGACCCUGACCGUACCCAGAGUGUCCAAAGCCAGCCGCCAGAGCAAAGUUGCCGAUAAAGAAAAGAACCUGCACUCUCAGAGUGAGGAUGAUGAUGAAGAGGACAAUGAGACCGCAGUGAGGGCGUGGCCUAGCCAGUCCAGCAUCCUCAGUGGAGACGAUGGGCUAAAGGAGCGGCCUGCGUCGUCCGCUAGCCAGGCCAGCUACGUGGUGAACGAGCGCCUACAGGAGCUGGUCAAGAUGUUUAAGGAGAGGACCGAGAGGGCCAAAGAGAAACUCAUAGACCCAGAUGACUCUGAUGAUGACAGUCCCACUGCCUCCCCUGCGAGAGCUCCAACACCUCCUCCUGCACCUCCAGAGGAGCCGGAGGAGGAAGCACAACCAGCCUCCCCUGAGAGGGAGAUGGAGGAGCAGCAACCCCAGUCUAGACUGUGUUGCAAGGUGACACCUCCUCGCUGGAUCAGAGCCCUGCUUCAGUACCGCUUCCCCUCUAGCAUCGACCCCUUCACCAAUCUGGUCUAUGUGCUGUGGCUAUUUUUCGUCACCUUGGCGUGGAACUGGAACGUGUGGCUGAUCCCGAUGCGCUGGGCCUUCCCCUACCAGACCCCUAGUAACAUCUACCUGUGGCUGCUAGCCGACUACCUGUGUGACCUCAUCUACAUCCUGGAUAUCAUGGUCUUCCAGCCCCGCCUGCAGUUUGUCCGCGGUGGCGACAUAGUGUUUGACAAAAAGGACAUGCGAAAGAAUUACAUGAAAACUUUCCGGUUCAAGAUGGAUGUCAUCAGUCUUGUGCCACUGGAGUUGUUCUAUUUUAAAACUGGGAUCAACCCACUCCUCCGCUUCCCACGGCUACUAAAGGUAAUGUCUUUCUUCGAGUUCAACGACCGCCUUGAGGCCAUCCUGACCAAAGCCUACGUUUACAGAGUGAUCCGGACCACCAGCUACCUGCUGUACUGCCUCCACUGUAACGCCUGUCUGUUCUACUGGAUCUCUGCGUAUGAAGGUCUGGGCUCCACGAAGUGGGUCUAUGAUGGAAAGGGCAACAGUUACAUCCGCUGCUACUACUUUGCCGUGAAGACUCUGAUCACCAUUGGUGGACUGCCGGAGCCCACAACGCUCUUUGAAAUCAUCUUUCAGCUCAUCAACUACUUUGUUGGAGUGUUUGCCUUUUCCAUCAUGAUAGGACAGAUGAGAGAUGUGGUUGGUGCAGCCACUUCCGGACAGACGUACUACAGAGCAUGCAUGGACAACACUGUCAAAUACAUGGCCUCCUACCGUAUCCCCAAAGACGUGCAAAACCGGGUCAAAACCUGGUACAACUACACCUGGCAGUCCCAGGGCAUGCUGGAUGAACAGGAGCUUCUGGUCCAGCUCCCAGACAAGAUGAGGCUGGACAUCGCUGUGGAUGUCAACUAUGACAUUGUCAGUAAAGUCUCUCUCUUCCAGGGUUGCGACAGACAGAUGAUCUUUGACAUGUUAAAGAGUCUGAGGUCUGUCGUUUACCUCCCGGGGGACUAUGUCUGCAAAAAGGGCGAGGUUGGACGGGAGAUGUACAUCAUCAAGGCCGGGGAGGUGCAGGUGGUGGGCGGGCCAGACGGAAAGACCGUGUUUGUCACACUGAAGUCGGGGUCAGUGUUUGGGGAAAUCAGCUUGCUUGCAGUGGGUGGAGGAAACAGGAGAACAGCCAACGUAGUGGCUCAUGGCUUCGCCAACCUGUUCAUCCUGGACAAGAAGGACCUCAAUGAGAUUUUAGUGCAUUACCCCGAGUCUCAGAAGCUGCUCCGCAAGAAGGCCAGGAAUAUGCUGACAAAAGACAAGAACCCGAAGGAGCCUCUGAAGGAGCCGGCCCAGGUGAUCCCUCCUCGGACAGAGACACCCAAGCUACUCAAAGCUGCUCUGGAGAUGGCUCAUCAGAAAACAGGCCUCAAAAGGACCCUUGCAAAGAUUAAGGAGAACACCAACAUAUCCAGUAUUUCGCUACAGCCCUCAAUGUCCUCCUCCCUGACCCCCCUGUCCCCAGUCACUCCAGUCUCCAGUCUGGACCCAGAGCGCAAGUCUAGCAUCAUGUCCCCAACCUCAGACAGCUCCACGUGGCUCCGCCCCGCCUCCCAUUGUCACAGAGGUGAGACGCUGUCCAAGGAGCAGGACAACGUGGCGGAAGAAGAGGCAGGAGAGAGUGGGAAGAGGAAAGAAAAGAGAAAGCCAUGAGUUGUCUCCGAAAGCUUUAAGAGGCAGUCUUCAUGUGGAGAAAUGGAUGCAGUUGUUUAUCCCUCUGUACUCUAUUGCAGAGAGGAAGACCAGAGAGAAGAGCCAUGGGUCCUAAAGAUAAUCCAAUUAUGUCUCAGGAGUCACAGUCACAGUUCCUGUUCCGUUAUACCUAUAGACUUUUUUUUUUACCUCACUGACUGUCUUACCCCCCUGACACUUAUGUAUAGGGCCUAGGCUACCUAAUUCCACAGGGAUGACGAAACGGGUGCUAAACUGAUGUCUUCGACAUUGCACUAUAUGUUUGUGUUUACAAUCCCAGGGGUAAAUGUACCAAUCAGCAAUAAUUGACACAUACCAUCUCAUUACGGAGAUAACAAAGAGGUCGCACAGGGUAGAGCUGUAUGUGUGUGUGUGUUGGUAAGGGGAGGUGUCUCUCCAGGUCUUCUGUUAUGUCUGCUUUCGGAAACAAAUUCCUUCUCUUAAACCGUAGUUUUGUUAAUUUCCUAUUUAUUCAGCAAGGGGAGGAUUGUGAUUGGGAAAUACUAUAAAGAUGUUGGAAUGUGAGGAAAGAUUUUGCUGAUGUUUAUAAGAAAUGUUUACGUUUUGUAAAGAUGACCAGUUGUUUAUAGAGUUUUGUUCAAUGGAAUAUGUUAUUUUUGCCUUAUUUUUCAUGGCCCUUGAGGUAGUGUUUAGUGUUUCUGGGGUGAAUGGGUCAAAUAUGUAAAUGUUGAAAAGUGUACAGGCCUAGAUGUAAAAAAUGUAAACAAAUGUCAACAUGUAAAUCUAAAUAUUGUUUUGUAUGUGCACAGGUAGCAGUGCAGCUAAUUAUUUAAUCAAGACUGGUAUGCUGUCAGUUCACCAUGCCAGACAAUCAAAGAUUUACUUUUAAGCAGGGUAGCUAAUAAUUUUUCAGGGCUGGUAUGCUGUCAGUUCACCAUGCCAGACAAUCAAACAUUUACUUUUAAGCAGGGUAGCUAAUACUUUUUCAGGGUUGGUAUGCUGUCAGUUCACCAUGCCAGACAAUCAAACAUUUACUUUAGAGCUAACAGCUAUAGCGAACAAAUUCAUUUGGAAUUUAGCUGAACAAAUUAUGACAAAGGUUACAACAGCUUUUGACAUGAGGGGUAUGUUUAAAAUGAAUGUUUAUCUUCUUUUUUUCUACAUGUACAUUACAUGUUUUUAAGUUUGAUAUUAUGAUAUUAUUGUUUCAUACUGUUAAUCAAAUGCUGUUUCAUAAGUUCUUGGCUUGUAAAUACAUUGUAAAUGGAAAACUAAAGGGUGUGUAUAUUCCAUUAGUUUUCACAGGGAAAUUCUUAGACCCUUGCGUGUUAGUUUUUCAGAAAUCAAUGCAAGGUUUUACAUAAUUAUAUAGAUCCUAUAUUCCCACUUGGAAUACAUAGGGUCUAAAAACCAGCUACCGAAACUGCCAGACAAUCUGUAGAUUGAAUGUGAAUAUUGUUAUCGUGUUUAUGUGUGUUUAAAUGGUAUGUAUGGUGUAGGUCAGUGGUUCCCAACCUCUUUUGGUUAUUGUACCACCAACUGAAUUUUGCUCUGCCUGGAGUGCCCCAUGUGCAUUUUUACCAGUAGGUCUAUGGUCUCAUGAAUCUUCUCAAGUACCCCCUGUGGAUAGGCCCAGUACCCCCAGAGGUCUUAGUACUGCUCAUUGGGAACCACUGGUGUAGGUGACAAAAGCUGGCAGCAUGCAACACAUGCUGAGAAAAAUUGCAUGUGUGACUCACCACGCAGCAAAUCUGAAUGCGUUGAUAUCACCAUGAUGAAUGUUUGAUGUUUUUGUGGAUUAUUUUCCAAAUAAAUCCUUAUGCGAU